GAAUGCAGAAGUAGCCAGUGAAGAAAGAAUGAUACUGAAGGAGGAGAAAAAUUGCCAAGGGAAGGUUGCUGACCCUUUUAAUAUUCUCAUAAGAAUGAUGAGAAGGAAAUGUGCUGCUGACUUCUAGAGUAUACAUACAUCUAGAAUAUAUAAAGUAUCACGAUAAGGAGGAAGUUGUCUUAUGGAUGAAUACUGUUGGGCCCUACCAUAAUCGCCAAGAGACAUAUAAAUACUUUUCACUUCCAUUCUGUGUGGGGUCAAAAAGAAGUAUCAGUCAUUACCAUGAAACUCUGGGAGAAGCACUUCAAGGAGUUGAAUUAGAAUUUAGUGGUCUGGAUAUUAAAUUCAAAGAUGAUGUGAUGCCAGCCACUUACUGUGAAAUUGACUUAGAUAAAGAAAAGAGAGAUGCAUUUGUGUAUGCUAUCAAAAAUCACUACUGGUACCAGAUGUACAUAGAUGACUUACCAAUAUGGGGUAUUGUUGGUGAAGCAGAUGAAAAUGGAGAAGAUUAUUAUCUUUGGACCUACAAAAAACUUGAAAUAGGGUUUAAUGGAAAUCGAAUUGUUGAUGUUAAUCUAACUAGUGAAGGAAAGGUGAAAUUAGUUCCCAAUACUAAAAUCCAGAUGUCAUAUUCAGUAAAAUGGAAAAAGUCAGAUGUAAAAUUUGAAGAUCGAUUUGACAAAUAUCUUGAUCCAUCCUUUUUUCAACACAGGAUUCAUUGGUUUUCAAUUUUCAACUCCUUCAUGAUGGUUAUCUUCCUGGUGGGCUUAGUUUCAAUGAUUUUAAUGAGAACUUUAAGAAAAGAUUAUGCUCGGUACAGUAAAGAAGAAGAAAUGGAUGACAUGGAUAGAGACCUGGGAGAUGAGUAUGGAUGGAAGCAGGUGCAUGGAGAUGUAUUUAGACCAUCAAGUCACCCACUGAUAUUUUCCUCUCUCAUUGGUUCUGGAUGUCAGAUAUUUGCUGUGUCUUUCAUUGUUAUUAUUGUUGCAAUGAUAGAAGAUUUAUAUACAGAGAGGGGAUCAAUGCUCAGUACAGCCAUAUUUGUCUAUGCUGCUACAUCUCCAGUGAAUGGUUAUUUUGGAGGAAGUCUGUAUGCUAGGCAAGGAGGAAGGAGAUGGAUAAAGCAGAUGUUCAUUGGGGCAUUUCUUAUUCCAGCUAUGGUGUGUGGCACUGCCUUCUUCAUCAAUUUUAUAGCCAUUUAUUACCAUGCUUCCAGAGCCAUUCCUUUUGGAACAAUGGUGGCCGUUUGUUGCAUCUGUUUUUUUGUUAUUCUUCCUCUAAAUCUUGUUGGUACAAUACUUGGCCGAAAUCUAUCAGGUCAGCCCAACUUUCCUUGUCGUGUCAAUGCUGUGCCUCGUCCCAUACCGGAGAAAAAAUGGUUUAUGGAGCCUGCAGUUAUUGUUUGCCUGGGAGGAAUUUUACCUUUUGGCUCAAUCUUCAUUGAAAUGUAUUUCAUCUUCACAUCUUUCUGGGCAUAUAAGAUCUACUACGUCUAUGGCUUCAUGAUGCUGGUGCUGGUCAUCCUGUGCAUCGUGACCGUCUGUGUGACCAUCGUGUGCACAUACUUUCUGCUAAAUGCAGAGGAUUAUAGGUGGCAAUGGACAAGUUUUCUCUCUGCUGCAUCAACUGCGAUCUAUGUUUACAUGUAUUCCUUUUACUACUAUUUUUUCAAAACAAAGAUGUAUGGCUUAUUUCAAACAUCAUUUUACUUUGGAUAUAUGGCGGUAUUUAGCACAGCCUUGGGGAUAAUGUGUGGAGCAAUUGGUUACAUGGGAACAAGUGCCUUUGUCCGAAAAAUCUAUACUAAUGUGAAAAUUGACUAGAGACCCAAGAAUACCUGGAACUUUGGAUCAGUUUCUCUUUCACAGGGGUGGAACUUGCACAGCAAAAAAAAAAAGCGCAAGAAGAGAUUUGAGCGUUAACACUGGGUACUUUGUGGGUCUAUCUUUCAUGGAUGGCGUAAAGUAACAUCUAUUUCCAUUGAUCCUAGGUUCUUACUGACUGCUUUCUCCAACUGUUCACAGCAAAUGCUUGGAUUUUAUGCAGUAGGCAUUACUACAGUACAUGGCUAAUCUUCCCAAAAACUAGCUCAUUAAAGAUGAAAUAGACCAGCUCUCUUCAGUGAAGAGGACAAAUAGUUUAUUUAAAGCAUUUGU